AUGACCACCACCGCCCGGCCAGGAGGUCGGUACGGAAGCUUCCCCAUGGCGAACGGCCAGAACGAGAAGCCUACUCCCGGGGUCGCCCCGGGCUUCGGCAGCUCCAACUUGUACACGCAAAACAUCUGGAAUACGACGUACACAGGAGGUGCAGGAAAGAGAGAUCCUAGAGGCCCAGAAGACAGCUUUGCCGGACAACCAUCAGGGUCUGGUGCCCUUGCUGCGAACUCGGAGGCGGACACGUGGACCCAGAAUCCCUGGAACCAGGACAACCAGACUCGAUCGGCCUCGGGCAGCACCUCGCCGAAUCGCACGCGCGACAGCCUGCACAACAGCAACUCCUUCUUCGAGAACAACGCCGUCGGGCAGGGACGCAACCUCAUCAACGGUCGGCCAAAAUCAUACCUGGAGGAGGACAAGGAGAACACGGGCUUCGGAACGAGUUACGGCGGCGCCUUUGAGGGCUCGUACACGAGGCAGGAGAAGCGAGGUUCCAAAGACAAUGCGUACCUGAGCCUCGGUGUGGUGGGUGCUCCCUCGAGAGACAGCAGCAUUCCUCCCUCGCGCCAGUCGGACGACUCGCACCAUUCGCCCCCUGCCUUCCGAGACAACUUUGGGUAUGGCCACACUCCCAGCAACUCGAUUGCCUCGAGCCGUCCGGCCAUUCCCGGCCACUCUUCCUCCUUCCCCACGCAGACCACCAACAACAGGGCUUUCAUAGCCAACGGCAGACAGAUGGACGAAGCGGACCUGGCUCCGCAGUUCAAGAAGAGUCUCACUCUGGACGAGGCCCAGAGCCUCGCCGCCGGUGCGCCGAACUUCCAGUUCAACCCCGUGUCUCAGCCCUGGAGGGGCGACAUCAACGCCGCAAUUACUGGCGACGUGUACGCCGACGCCAUGGCUCAGUACCUGCCGCAUAAGCGUGGUUCCACCGAUCGCAUCGCGGGUGCCUCUGGUCAGUACCGGGUCGUCACGAGCCCCAAGACGUUUGCGCCUCAGACAUCCGACCCGUGGACCCAACGACCGUCAUCCCGCGAUCUGAGAAUGAUCCCGGAUGGCGACCGCCGGACGCCCGUCCCAGCCUUCAUCCAGGCGCAGGCUCCUGCUUUCUACCCUGGACCCUACUACACCCCCAACUUUGCAGGCCAGUAUCCUCCGCAAAUGUUUGACCCGUAUGGACGGCCAUCGCUUCCUCUGCCCGGCUACGGCUUGCACAUGUCGCCGUAUUCGAUGCCGGGAGUUAUGCCCAUCCGGCCUAGCAAGGACCAGGACCCUGGCAAGGGCGUCCGGAGCCUGCUCCUGGAGGAAUUCAGGUCGAGCUCCAAGUCGAACAAGCGGUACGAGUUGAAGGACAUUUACAGCCACAUUGUCGAGUUCAGCGGUGAUCAGCACGGAUCGCGCUUCAUCCAGCAAAAGCUUGAGACGGCCAACAGCGACGAAAAAGAUCAGGUAUUCCGCGAGAUUGAGCCCAACGCAAUCCAGCUGAUGAAGGAUGUUUUUGGCAACUAUGUCAUCCAGAAGUUCUUUGAGCACGGCAACCAGGUCCAGAAGAAGGUUUUGGCGUCGCAGAUGAAGGGCAAGGUCGUCGACCUGUCAAUGCAGAUGUACGCUUGCCGCGUCGUUCAAAAGGCCCUGGAACAUGUUCUUGUCGAGCAGCAGGCCGAGCUGGUCAAGGAGCUGGAGCCCGAGAUCCUCAAGGUCGUCAAGGACCAGAACGGCAACCACGUCGUGCAGAAGAUCAUCGAGCUGGUCCCCCGCCAGUACAUUGACUUCGUCAUGGACGCCUUCCGCGGCCAAGUCAGCCAGCUGGCGGCUCACAUGUACGCUUGCCGGGUCAUUCAGCGUAUGCUGGAGUACGGCACAGAGCAGGACAAGGAGACUAUCCUGGCUGAGUUGCACAACUCCACGCAGGUUCUCAUCACCGACCAGUACGGCAACUACGUGGUGCAGCACAUCAUCGAGCACGGCAUGCCCGAGGACCGAUCGAGGAUCAUCCAGCUAGUCAUUGCACAGCUGGUCACCCUGUCCAAGCACAAGUUUGCAUCCAACGUUGUGGAAAAGUGCAUACAGUACGGCAGUGCGGAAGAGCGCAAGGGCAUCCGGGAGCAGAUCAUCUCACAGGCGAGCGACGGCACGAGCUCGCUCCAGCUGAUGAUGAAGGAUCAGUACGGCAACUACGUCAUCCAAAAGCUGCUGAACCAGCUCGAGGGUGCCGAGCGCGAGGCCUUUGUAGAGGAGAUGCGACCUCAGUUCAACACUCUCCGCAAGACCAGCACCAGCCGCCAGCUCGCCGCCAUUGACAGGCUCAUCUACGCGACGCAGACGCCGCCGUCCAAGUCUGGGGGAUCCCAGACCGACACUAAUUCGGCGGCGCCGACCCCGGUUCUGACGAUGGAGCCCAACAGCCCUCAAAGCAGCAGCCCGCCCAGUCUCAGUGCCAGUGCCGUUGGUGAAGUUGCGGAUGACGACAACAAGUCCAGCGCGCCUGGAGGUGUCAGCCUCAAGGUGCAAGUGGAGGAGGCCUGA